AUGACGGCAAUAUGGCCGGCCAGAUGUGCAGCGGCAGGGUGUCACGGUGGUGUUAGUGCCGCGCGUUAAGACUUAUUCUCGUUAUUUAUAUGUCGAACUACCGCAAAUCUUGUCCGAAUCUCGCGUGUUUUCAUGGGCUCGGUGACAUAUUGUGUAGAAGCAGGAAUACGGCUUGCAUGAAGGCAUAGCAUACGCUCACCGGCCAAGCAAACAUGAAUGAAGUGAGCAUAUCAUCCGCCCGCGCGUCGGUGAUGGUGUACGACGACGUGAACAAGAAAUGGAUACCGAGUGGCAGCUCGUCCGGUCUGUCCAAGGUCCAGCUCUAUCACCAUCAAGUGAACAAUACGUUUCGUGUGGUCGGCAGGAAGUUGCAGGACCACGAAAUUGUCAUCAACUGUGCGAUCCUAAAGGGACUCAAGUACAAUCAAGCCACGGUCACGUUUCACCAGUGGCGAGAUAACAAGCAAGUCUAUGGGCUCAAUUUUUCCAGUAAAGAUGACGCCGAUGCCUUCGCUCGGGCGAUGCUCCAGGCACUCGAUGUGCUGAGUAAUGGUAGCAACAUAUCAAGGAGUCUUGCUCCGACAACCAACACGACUACUCAACAGCAAACCGCCUAUCAACAGCAGCAGCAGCAGCAGCAACAGCAGCAGCAGCAGCAGCAACAACAACAACAACAGCAGCAGAGCCAAGCAACCGUUCAAUAUGAGGAAGAUAUGGGAUACAGUCAAGGUCGUAACGCGCGGAUUUCCUUGUCCCUGAGCCAUCUGCCUACAGGAGGCCAGACGGCCCUGCCCGUGGGUUCCGCCACCACAACUCCCGAACACCACGUGAACGUUAGUGGUGUUGUUGGCACCGUUAUUCAAAUGGGCUGUGCGCGUGGCUCAUCGGGCGAUGGAUACACGAGAACCAUGACUAGAGAAGACGUGGCAAUAAUUCAGGAACGCAGAAUGUCUCAGCAAAGUCAAGCAACUGGAAGUCCCAAUCCUAUAUCACCGAGCUGCCCGCCUGCUACACAGCAACAGCAACAGCAGCAGCAGCAACAACAACAACAACAACAACAACAACAACAACAACAAUCUGGUCAUCAUCGAACUUCAUCAGCACCGCCGGCGCCACAACCGCCUCCACAGCAACUACCAACUCUACAAGGUGGCAGCGGUACGAUUCCACCGGCUCCGCAAAUGUCGGCUGGACCGGGAGUCGGUCCCCCGGUACCACCGCCCCAACCACCGAUUGCACCUCCUGCCCCACCGUGCCCACCGACGAUGAUGAAUUUUAGUUCGUCCGCGGCACCGGCACCACCGAUGAUGAUGAAUCAGUAUGCACAAUCACCAUCAUCCCAGUCAAGUCAACAGUCUCAAUGCCAGUCCAUCUACGUUUCUAAUCAGGCAAACCAAUAUAGUGCUGCGUCUGCAAGCAAUCAGUACGCGAGUGCCACUAUUUCUAAUAGUGGCAGUGGCACCGGAAGCGGUGCGACCUCCGUUGUGGGCCAGAGCCCGAAUCAAUUUCCACCAUCUGGCAGUCAAAACAACUUUUAUGGUACUAAUAAUCAGACGAGUAAUUACACUACUGGCGGACAAGUUAAUACAGGCCAAUAUAACCAAUCAGUUGGUAGUCAGGCUACGCAAUACGGUAGCAGCGGUAAUCAGUAUGGAAGUAAUAGCUCGAUAAAUCAGUAUGCUGUCGGUCCGCCACCUGGUCCGGUGAGUCAAUACGCGAUCGCGCAGCCUGGUCAAUCGCAGUACGUAUCCCAGGCACAAGCACAAUAUGGCGGUACCGGUCAGGUACAAGCAGCUGCCACAACGAGUGGUACCACAAAUCCGUAUGGGACACCAUCAAAUUCGGUGAAUCAAUACACAACCGGUGGACAUCACACAGUCAGCGCUAACGCUUAUGCUCCUAUCGCUAGUGGUCCUCCGCCGCCUCCAAUGGUAUCACUGGUUGGUCCCGCUGCACCGCCUCCACCGCCACCGCCGCCUGUACCUAACGCUAACAAUUCUACUGCUGUUGCUGGUUCAUCUAUUAGUUCCUCGAAUGAUCCUCCACCUGAUACCAACUCAUUAGCAGCUGCUCUUCAAGCACGUCUUAAAAAGAAACAGCAACAGUCACAACCAGUGGAGAACAGCGGCUCGAGUACCAGUAGUAGUAGCAGUGGUGGAGGAGGCGGCAAUUAUGGCACCUUAGGGAGAGGUGGAGGCGGUGGAAUGGCUUCCAUGAUGGAUGAGAUGGCUAAGACUCUAGCACGCCGAAGGGCUGCCGCCGAGAAGAAACAACCCGAACAACCACCGGAACCGGAAAGUUCGCCAGACAAGAAAUCUUGGGACAAAAACAAUGCGUCUAAUAAUAAGUUUUCUAAUGGCGCCGAGUCACCGAAAUCGGUUCGCAAGAGAUUUGGUUCAGCUUCGGAGGAUACUCUUCUCAAAGUAAACGGUGUUAACGAUGGAACUUCGCUCACCGCGCAAGAGAUGGAGGCCUUUAAGAUGGAGAUAAUUAAAGAAGUACGGAAAGAAUUUCAGAAGAUGAAACAAGAAAUAAUCGAUGCCGUAAGAACAGAACUGAAUAAGAGAUAAAGAAGAUAAUAAAGAAGAGAUAAAAGAUACAAAACCGAGCUCUCAAAACCGAAAGGAAACAGAAAAAAAUCGAGGUGAAACAGAAGAGUUUGAGAGAGUUAUAUGACUAGAUUGCUCGAUAUCGAAGUGAUAUCAUUGAGAACUACAUACAGGUUUUUACAACAUAUUUACGAGAAUGUAAUGCGAUUACAUUCAUGUAUAUCGAACAUUUAUAUAUAAGUAAAUUAAUCGUAGUGUCUUAAGUGGCCGUAAUUUUUUUGUUAUUUGCUAUAUAACAAUCGUAACGAAAUGUUGAAUCAAUUGAGUUUCAUUUAAAAUAAUAUAAUUAUUAAUUCAAUUAUACGGGAAAAUUGAUUUACGCACAUAAAGAAUUAUGGGAAACUUACAGAUUCUCUAAGCGAGAGAAAUAUUUCAGUGAGGUAUAAAGUAAGUACACGUACACUGAAAUACUGUUCAUAUAUCGCUUUGUAGUUUAAAAGGAUAUCGAUUAACAAGGAGAGGACGCGACGUGAUAAUAAUCGGUUGUGACGAAACUCGUUGUAACGAUAGGUCUGUAUGUCAAGUGGUACUGGGUAAAGGGAUAUAAUGCACUUCUCAAGCGUUUGUGAGAAAAUCGAUUAAAAAUUACU